GCACACUCAGGUACGUACUAGUAGUACAUCUAUACUGUACUAGACUAGACUCGACUAGACUAUACUAGUAUCCCGGCGCGCGCGGCCUUCAAGAAGAUGAAAGUGUUCAAAAGAGGGUAUUGUGGAAUGAAUGAUACAGCAAAAACUGUAGCAGCAGCAAUUUUUACACACUCUAAUCCGCAAUUAAAGAUCCAGCACUCAUGGCAACAGCCUUCUAGAGCACUGAGCUGUGUCCCUAACCCUACAGGACCAAGUGUUGCAGCUCAAGUAUCUCUGCAACCUGACACUGCAGCCAAGCCUGCAUUGCAUGAAUUACAGAAGUUCACGUACACGUCUCCAGUGUGUUCAUACAACGAAUGGGAUUUACUGGAGGAAGUGAUUGUCGGUAGAGCAGACGGAGCUUGUGUUCCUGAAUUUUCCGUCGAAGUUAGAGCCAAUACGUACGACAAACACUGGCCAUUCUUUCAGCAAAAUGGAGGAAAACCUUUCCCCAAAGAGCAUAUUGAGAAAGCAGUACAAGAGAUUGAAGAAUUGUGUUUCAUUCUCGAGCAAGAAGGGGUCACCGUUAGAAGACCGGAACUUAUCAACUAUGAAGAUGGCUACAAAACUCCCGAUUUUGAGUCACCGUGUGGUUUGUAUGCUGCUAUGCCAAGGGACAUCCUCCUGAUUAUCGGAGAUGAGAUAAUAGAAGCACCGAUGGCAUGGCGAUCGCGUUUCUUCGAGUACCGAGCGUACCGCCCACUCAUAAAAGAGUAUUUCCAGAAGGGGGCCAAAUGGACUACAGCCCCAAAACCACAAAUGAGCGAUGAACUUUACAAUCACAACUAUCCAAUGAUGACAGUUGAAGAUCGGCACGAGUUGGCAAAAGAAGGAAAGUUCGUUACCACAGAGUUUGAGCCGUGUUUCGACGCAGCUGAUUUUAUUCGUGCUGGAAAGGAUAUUUUUGUACAAAGAAGUCAGGUAACCAACUAUUUUGGUAUAGAAUGGAUGAAACGUCAUUUAGAGGGACGCUACAAUAUUCACCUCCUCUCUUUCAAAGACCCGAACCCGAUGCACAUUGACGCUACGUUCAACAUCAUCGGGCCGGGACUGGUCAUAUCUAAUCCCGAACGACCUUGUGAUCAGAUAGACAUGUUUCAGAGAGCAGGCUGGAAAAUAGUGGAGGCCCCCAAGCCGCUAAUGCCUGAUCAUCAUCCUCUCUGGAUGUCCUCCAAAUGGCUAUCAAUAAAUGUGCUGAUGCUGGACCCGGGGAGAGUGCUGGUGGACGUACACGAGGAGCCAACACAGAAGAUGUUUGAAAGCCUAGGCAUAAAAUGCAUUAAGAUAGCGGAGGCCCCCAAGCCGCUAUUGCCUGAUCCUCUCUGGAUGCCCUCCAAAUGGCUAUCAAUGAAUGUGCUGAUGCUGGACCCGGGGAGAGUGCUGGUGGAGGCACACGAGGAGCCAACACAGAAGAUGUUUGAAAGCUUAGGCAUAAAAUGCAUUAAGGUCUCAAUUCGCCAUGCCAACUCUCUGGGAGGUGGCUUCCACUGCUGGACUUGCGACGUACGACGAAAGGGAACGCUAGAAUCAUACUUCUAAUGUGCAUGGCCAUAAUUAUCAAUAAUUAGCUAUUUAUUAUUAUUCAGCAUAAUCUAUAAUUAUCACGUUUGUUUUGUAUUUUUUAUAUUUCAUGUAAUAAUUAUAGCUAACACUUGGUUAGCCUAUUUCGUCAAGUUCAAUCAGGCAUGCAGUGU